AUGAGAUUUUUUAACAUAUUAUUCGUUUCAUGCCUUAUCCUCACGACAAUUGUCGCGACAAGUGCAAUUGCAUCAGUGAAAAGAGAUUUGUCACUUGAAAAUGGUGAAUGGUAUUCCACCAAGGCCUCGGUUAUGAAGGCUCGGUCUGUUGGUUCAGCAAAAUAUUAUCCAUCCAGUGGUUUUGUAAGACGUGAUAAAAAUGAAAACGACCGUGAAGAUCGUAAUGAGAAAGAUAAAAAACAUAAACAUAGAAACAAAUUCAUAAAUUCUCAAAUGACUUUUUACGAAGGAUCAGCUCUUAAGAAUUCCGCUUGUUACGGUAGAGAUGGAUUGAGAGCUUAUGAUGCAAAUGAAAAUGAUAUGAUCGCUGCCACAUUCAUGAAUCAAUUAGAAAUGUGUUUUAAAUGUAUUGAAGUUAGAAAUCCUGCAAACGAUAAAUCAUCAAUUGUGGUGAAAAUCAUUGAUAAAUGUGCAGAUUGUCCACCUGAAUCUGAUAAUAUUGACUUAACCCCUACUGCUUUUAAAAAGUUGGCAAAUUUAGACUUGGGUAGAGUUGAAAUCGAAUGGCGUCCUUUAAAGAAUUGUCCUUCAAAAGGAAGAUGGCCAAAGUUCGAGGAUUAA